GAAUUCCAGCUGUAACUAUAGUGGGGAAAUGAUGUCCAGGUUGGGUUCCCCGGCCCGGCGGCAGCGGGGAGGCCCGCACUGCACACGCGCAGACCGAGGACUCACGUCAAAAGACGAAGAGAGCGCGCGCACCCCACGUCCUGCGAGCCCGGCUGCCAGGCAUUCGUGUCUGCCGUGACUCCCGCCGGGCAAGGCUGGCGCGCCCACGUCUGAAGAGCGAUGCCCCGGGAGAUCAUCACCCUGCAGCUGGGCCAGUGCGGCAACCAGAUUGGGUUCGAGUUCUGGAAACAACUGUGUGCCGAGCAUGGUAUCAGCCCUGAGGGCAUCGUGGAGGAAUUCGCCACCGAGGGCACUGACCGAAAGGACGUCUUUUUCUACCAGGCAGACGAUGAGCACUACAUCCCCAGGGCGGUGCUGCUGGACCUGGAGCCCCGGGUGAUCCACUCCAUCCUCAACUCCCCCUAUGCCAAGCUCUACAACCCGGAGAACAUCUACCUGUCAGAGCACGGAGGAGGGGCUGGCAACAACUGGGCCAGUGGAUUCUCGCAGGGUGAGAAAAUCCAUGAAGACAUUUUUGACAUCAUAGACCGAGAAGCAGAUGGAAGUGACAGCUUAGAGGGCUUCGUGCUGUGUCAUUCCAUUGCUGGGGGGACCGGUUCUGGCCUGGGCUCCUACCUUCUGGAACGACUGAAUGACAGGUACCCCAAGAAGCUGGUGCAGACAUACUCUGUGUUUCCCAACCAGGACGAGAUGAGCGAUGUGGUGGUCCAGCCCUACAACUCCCUGCUCACGCUCAAGAGGCUGACCCAGAACGCAGACUGUGUGGUGGUGCUGGACAACACGGCCCUGAACCGGAUCGCCACAGACCGCCUGCACAUCCAGAACCCAUCCUUCUCCCAGAUCAACCAGCUGGUGAGCCCCCACUUGUGGACUGGAAGCCCUCCUUCCUGGAGUGCCAUCUGGGGAAGGGAGGCCCCGCCCCAGACGGGCCGGGAUCGCCAGACCAACCACUGCUACAUCGCCAUCCUCAACAUCAUCCAGGGGGAGGUGGACCCCACCCAGGUCCACAAGAGUCUGCAGAGGAUUCGGGAACGGAAGUUGGCCAACUUCAUCCCCUGGGGCCCUGCCAGCAUCCAGGUGGCCCUGUCAAGGAAGUCUCCCUACCUGCCUUCAGCCCACCGGGUCAGUGGGCUCAUGAUGGCCAACCACACCAGCAUCUCCUCGCUCUUUGAAAGUUCCUGCCAGCAAUAUGACAAGCUGCGGAAGCGCGAGGCCUUCCUGGAGCAGUUCCGCAAGGAGGACAUCUUCAAGGAGAACUUUGACGAGCUGGACACGUCCAGGGAGGUUGUGCAGGAACUCAUCGACGAGUAUCAUGCAGCCACGCGGCCAGACUACAUCUCCUGGGGUGCCCAGGAGCAGUGACUUCCUCCCCACCACUUCCCCUGGACAGUAAGCAUAGUCCCCAUUGUGCCUGGUCCCUGUGACCCAGAUUCUUGUCACCAAAAACCUUUCUAGGUUCAUCUCCAGCCCAGGAGCUGGCCCUACUUCCGCCCUUCUCUGACCAGACCCUUGAUAUUGCUUGUUUAGCUUGAGUAAAGCAAUAAAGCUUUGUCGUGAAUAUAGUCA